UCCAGCCACUAUCCUAUGGGAAUAAAAUUGGGUAGAGCUGGCCAUGCGCCUGGAGGUGGUGGCUCAAGGGAUAAGAUAGUCAGUGGGCUGCCAGUUCGUUCCAAGUCAUCCACAGACAGCUGCUGCCUCACCUCUGAUGAUGUUCCACUCCCUCCAGCUAAGCCACAUCCACCUCCGCCUUGCAGGUCCCGGUCAGUCAGAGCAGAGAGUGAAGCAGAGCCUUUCUUCUCCUCAGAGAACAGAAACCUUCUGAGCUCAAACAUCUCAGAGCCGUCGGUCAACAUGUGCACUGGAAAAUGCUCCCAGUGCAUCGCUGUGAGUCUGUACCCACUGGCGCUCAUUUCUAUCAUCUGUAACAUCGUGCUGUUCUUUCCUGCUGGAGACGUCCAGUACGCCAAAGAUGGACACAUCACAGAGGAGGUGAAAUACAUGGGGGGUCUCAUCGGAGGGGGAGUGAUGGUGCUGAUUCCUGCUCUUCACAUUCAUCUGACGGGGAAACAGGGCUGCUGUGGGAACCGCUGUGGGAUGUUCCUCUCCAUUGCCUUCGCUGCUCUGGGUGUGGCUGGAGCUCUGUACAGCUUUGCUGUUGCUGUUCUCGGUCUGCAGAAUGGGCCCCUGUGUCAGGUCCUGCUUGUUUGGACGACACCUUUCAAAGACAGUGACACGGGUUAUCUGACAGACAAGUCAAAGUGGUGGAUGUGUACGGCGCCCAAAGACAUCCUCCCGUUUCACAUCGGGUUGUUCAGCACCCUGCUGGCAACCAGCAGCCUGCAGGCGAUCCUCUGUGCUGCUCAGAUGAUCAACGGGCUCUUCGGCUGCCUGUGUGGAACCUGCAUCAAGAAGGAUGUAAUAUGAAGGUGAUUUUUAAAGAAACUGGUGUUUAAUUCCACCUGUUCCCAUAUGUAUUAAGUGAAUAACCAGAAAUCAUCAUGUUUUUGUCAUUUUUACAUUUUUAAAGGCACUGUGAGGACUGUCCAGGAAAACUGAAAACAUGACAUUUGGGCAGUAUGUUUAUUUAUCUUCAUUUAUUACAUCAAAGUCCCAAAUUCUCAGAAAAUUCUGUACUUUGCUGCAAAAAAUACAUUAAACUGAUGUUAAAGUA